GAUUUUUGUCAGUCAAUUAAAUCAAAAUGUUUCUAAUUUUAAUUUUAACCUCAAUUCUGACGUAUUUUUCAAUUAAUCUCUGGAGAGGCAGACGAAGGAACCCGAAAGGUCCGUUACCUCUGCCACUAAUUGGAAACUUACAUCAACUCAUUUAUAAUUCAUGGAAAACUGGUGGAAUGGUAGCUGGUUUCCAGGAAUUUAAAAAACAUUACGGAAAAUUCUUCACGCUAUGGUUUGGUCCUAUUCCCAUAGUUUUCAUUGCCGACUAUGACAUUGCCUAUGAGACUCAUGUGAAAAGAGCCAACGUUUUCGGGCACAGGUUCACUAUUGGAGGAAUGGAUUAUAUCAGAGAGGGUCGGGGAAUUGUUGGAUCAAACGGAGAUUUUUGGCAGGAACAUCGGCGGUUUGCACUGACUACACUGAGGAAUUUUGGUGUGGGGAGAAAUAUUAUGGAGGAUAAGAUAAUGGAUGAGUAUAGAUACAGAAUUCAAGACUUCUCAAAAACUCACGGUAAAAACGGAGUUAUCGAGGUGAAUGCUACAACAAUGUUCGACCUACUUGUCGGUUCUAUUAUUAACCGUAUGCUAGUUUCUGAACGAUUUGAGCAGGGAGAUCAGGAUUUUGAAAAGCUAAAAAUGUACCUUACAAAGGCUCUGGAAGAACUCUCAAUUUUUGAUUCGUUCACACCUUUGUGGCUGUUAAAGUCAAGAAUUCUAAGAUGGCGAACUAAAGUUACGAUGGCUCCAUUCGAUUUUGUGUAUGAACUUGUCAAGAAUGGAAUUCAGAAAAGAACAAGCGAAAUUAAAAAUGGAAGCCACGUCAUAAGUGAGGAGGGUGAUGAUUUCGUCGACGCAUUCCUGAUUAAAAUCGAGAAAGACAAAAAGGAAGGGAUCGACUCCACUUUCACACUGGAAACCUUAGCUAUUGACCUGUUCGACUUGUGGCUAGCUGGACAGGAGACAACUUCAACGACCUUGACGUGGGCAGGCACGUGCCUUCUGAAUCAUCCAGAAGUUGUAGAGAAGCUGAGGAAAGAGCUGAUUCAAAUAACUGGUGGAACUCGUAGUGUAUCGUUGACUGAUCGAGCACAAACUCCUUAUUUGACUGCGGUUGUUAAUGAGGUUCAAAGAAUAUCUUCAAUUCUAAAUGUAAACAUUUUCCGUCAACUCCAAGAAGACUCUCAUAUCGACGGACAACCAAUCGCGUCUGGUUCAGUCGUGACAACUCAACUUGCAAUGAUUCACACUGAUGAAGAUUUGUUCAAAGAUCAUACUAAAUUUGAUCCGGAAAGAUUCAUCGAGAAUAAUAAUUUGGAUAAAAAGCUGAUACCAUUUGGAAUUGGGAAACGAUCAUGCCCCGGAGAGUCGUUGGCUAGAGCCGAGCUGUAUUUGAUAAUUGGAAACUUGGUUUUGGACUUCAACUUGGAAGCAGUCGGAGUUAAACCAGAGAUCAAGACUUCUACGCCGUUUGGAUUGAUGAAAAGGCCUCCUAAUUAUAAUAUCAGAUUGAUUCCGGUUUCUCAUUAAAGUGUGAUUUUUCAUAUUCUUUUACUCUACAAUGCUUAAUAAAAAUUAAUAAAAAUUAAUAAUUU